AUGAGCGGAAAACUAUGGGAGUACGAACUCAAAGAGAGGGACUUAGCGCAACUGUCUGAAAGAUUCGAACAAUGGGCCGAGAAUAUUGGCGCUCUUCGACAGCUGAGCUCCAAGCUAUCGCUCGACCAUCGCCUUCGCGACAGUCCCACGGUCAGAGCCUCCAUUUUCAGCAUGCUUGAGGAUUUGAACGACUCUGCCAAAACCGAUAUAGUCUCGGGCCGUCGACCCAACAGAGUAAUGCCAAGAUUGGACAUUAGUGAGGAAGAGCUGGAGGAAUUCGAUAUUUCCUCCAAUAUCUCUGAGUCAGGCGCAUCUACAACUUCGAAUAGUAGUCGAGAAAGUCGACAUGGCGCAACUUCGGAGAUACACAAGCUUUUAUCAGCAAUCAGGACAAGCCUCAACACCCUGUUCAAAGCUUCCGUAUUCAUCCGCAAAUUCGCGCCAGAGGACAGACGCCAACGAGCCUCUAAAGCGAAGCCUUUUGCAUCGACUGCUGAUUUGAUGUAUAUUAAAGACAAAGGCGAAUGCUCGGCGAAGACAGUACUUCAAAUAUCGUCAGCAACAUCAGAAAAGUUGUCUUCCCAGCAAGACGACGGCAUCAUGGUCAGAAAAGACGCUCAUCUACGGACCCAAUCAAAGCCACUUGAGAAAGAACCCCAUCGAGAAGGGUCAAUCAUAUCUGGUAUGACCAAGACCAGCAUUCUAGCCGAGACUGAAGCGACAGAAUUCGUGCGAAAUAAGACAGCAGAAGCUCACUUCUCCGGGCUUUCAAGCCCAGAACCGGCCAUGUCGGUCUUCUCGAUGGCGACCACAGUUGAAGAGGCUUCUGAUGCAGAGCUUCAAUUUCCGCCGAUACCUCAGGAAGGGCAGAAGAGCGAUUCGUUCUUGUGUUCAUUUUGCUUGGAGAUUGUUCUCUGGCAAACCAAAAACAAAGAGGCUCAUACCUGGUUCGAGCACGAACUAUUGGUCCAUCGUACGAUUUGGGAGUGUCCUUUAUGCGCCAACACCGUUCAAGACUCGGAGGAUAUGAAGAAACACUUGCACAGCUAUCAUGGAAGUGAUGUAGUGGCCAGUCAACUUCCAUCGCUGAGUGGCCAAUACAAGCGACCAGCAAGGCACAUUCUGGCCAGUGAAUGCCCAUUCUGUGACGACGAGUGGGCUAAAGUCGAGCCAGACGUCGAGUCGUCUGUCCAUAGUGACAGCGAAGAAGAAUUUGAGGAUGCUGACGUUUAUGUCGAUGCAGAUGAAUUCCGCAGACAUGUUGGGCAUCAUCUUGUACAACUCUCUCUUUUUUCUCUCCCACGACUUUACUCAGGCGAUUUCGAAGGGUUGAACAGUGCUGGCGCUGUCCCGGACGGUGAGAGAUAUUCCGAAGAGGGGGCCCCGUUUCGGCUAGGCAAAGAUCAUUUAUCACGCGGGUGGCAAGUCGUGAUGAAGAGAAUGGGUACCCUCUCUGUGAUCUCUCUGUCCCUCGGUUUUCACGACAUGCAGAAGCGUGGCAAGGUAAUUGACAUCAAGUCUCGAAUUUUCGUCCAAACACUUGUCGGGCAUGAUCAGGAUGUCUACAGACUAGAUGUUUCAAACAAUGGCAAGCUUCUUGCUUCUGGCAGUGGAGAUUACACAGUUCGACUCUGGAGUACCACUACCUGGGAAUGUCUGCACACUGUUGAAUUACCAGCCGUCGUGACAGGGUUAGCAUUUUCAAAUCAAAACGACUUUCUCGCCGUUUACACUCUCGAUAACGUCGCGCGAGUGUGGGAAACGGACGCGAUACCAGACGUUAAAGAACUUUCUGAAGAAAUCCAGGCCAAACCCAACAUUUGGACAUGCUACGGCCACUCAGAUAGCGUCGAUAACGUUCGAUUUUCUUCCGACGACAGAUAUGUGAUUACAGCAUCUUCAGAUAAAACCGCCAAGGUUUUCCCGGCUGCAAGUCAACAAUGCGACGGCUCUUCAAAGUCCCUGAGAUGUCUUAGCACACUAGAGGGCCACUCGGACGGUGUAGUUGCCUUAGCAGUUAUGUCCAACGGCUGGGCUUUGACUACCAGCAGCGAUAGUAGUGUACGAUUCUUGGAUAUAAAAACCGGCAGAUCAAUUGCCAGACUGAAUGCCCAAAGAUAUUCGGUCUUAUAAACGGCUAUAGGACCAAACACGGGGUUAGGCAUUAUGUUCGCUACCGCUAGGGCUGAUCAGAAGCGGCGCUUAUGGUCCCUUUAUCUUACUAGACCUAACGGCUUGAUGUCACC